UGGACAUGGCUGAACACGCCUCUCAGUCAGAACACGGAUGUUGCGCCAGUAUAUAAAUGAGACCUGGUUGGAGGCAACCUGGGCGGACACCUGGAAGAGCAGCAGUGCAGCAGCAUCAGCUCCCUCACAUCCACCAACUGUCUUCUGUCCUCACCAAGGUCCUGAGCAUUAUGGCGCACCACGAAGAAUUUGAGAAUGCGGGCAAGAAGCCCGGCCUGCAGGUGUGGCGGAUGGAGAAAAUGACCCUGAAACCUGUGCCUUCUGAACUCCAUGGGGAAUUCUUUACCGGAGACGCUUACAUUUUGCUGCACACCACCUCUGCUCCUUCUUACAACAUUCACUCGUGGAUUGGCAGCAAAGCAUCUCAUGAUGAGAAAGGGGCUGCUGCCAUCUUCAUGAUCCAGCUGGAUGGUCACCUCGGUGGAAGUGCGGUGCAGUUCACUGAGUUUCAAGACAAUGAGUCUAACGAGUUUAUGGGCUACUUCAGGUCUGGUGUCAAAUACAAGCAAGGAGGAAUAGCUUCAGGCUUUCAACAUGUAACAGAGGAGAUUGUCAAGCGCCUGCUGCAAGUUAAAGGGCGUCGUAUGAUCAGAGCCAAUGAGGUGGAUAUGUCCUGGGACAGCUUCAACAAAGGAGACUGCUUCAUCAUUGACUUGGGAGAGACGAUUUACCACUGGGCUGGUAGUGACUGCAAUCGCUUUGAGUGCCUAAAAGCCACAGGUGUGGCCAUUGAGAUACGUGACAAUGAGCGAGGUGGCAGUCCUGAUAUUGUCUACAUUGAGGAAGGAAGUGAGCCAGAAGAAGUCAUUGAACUACUGGGACCAAAACCCGACCUCCCACCAGCAACCUCAGACGACUCCUCUGCUGAUACGAAGAACAAGAACGUGGCAUCUCUCUAUUUGAUUUCUGAUGUUACUGGGUCCAUGAAGACAACUAUUGUGGCUGAUAAAAACCCUUUCCAACAAGACAUGCUCUCCAUCAGUGAUUGCUACAUCUUAGACAAUGCAGGCGACAAAACGAUCUAUGUUUGGAAAGGAAAGGAGGCGAACCCAGAGGAACGCAAGGGAGCACUUGAAGCUGCAAACAAGUUCAUCAAAGACAAAAAUUACCCCCAAUAUACAAAGGUCCGGGUACUGCCAGCUGGAGCCGAGACAGCCAUGUUUAAGCAGUUCUUCUUCAAUUGGCUGGACAAGUAUGAGACUACAGGACCAAGUAAGGCCUACAUCAUUGGCAAAAUCGCCCAGGUGGAACAGAUUCCCUUCGAUUCCACCACACUCCACACCAACAUGGUUAUGGCUGCCAUUCACAACAUGGUGGACGAUGGUUCCGGGGACGUCGAGAUUUGGCGUGUGGAAAAAGAUCAAAAAAUACCCGUGGACCCAUCUACGUAUGGACAGUUCUUUGGAGGUGACUGCUACCUGGUGCUGUACUCCUACACUGCGGACGGCCGUAAGAAGCACAUCAUCUACACCUGGCAAGGACGGAAGUGCACUCAUGAUGAACUGGGUGCUUCAGCCUUUCUCACUGUCGCACUGGAUGACUCCAUGAGCGGGGUAGCUACACAGGUUCGCGUCACUCAGGGCCGAGAACCACCUCAUCUUGUGAGCCUGUUUAAAAAUAAGCCUUUGGUCAUCCACCUUGGUGGGACGUCGCGUAAGGGUGGUCAGAGCAAGCCUGCCAGCACACGGCUCUUCCAUAUCCGCCUGAGCUCCACCAGAGCCACACGGGCCGUUGAGGUGGAGCCCGUCGCUUCUUCUCUGAACACCAAUGACGUGUUUGUGCUGAAGGAAUCCAACUCUGUGAUGCUGUGGGUGGGGAAGGGCGGAACUACAGAAGAGAUGGAGGCAGCCAAGUAUGUCGCCAGCCUGCUCGGGGGGACCGUCACUCAGGUGGAAGAGACUAAGGAGCCAGAUGAUUUCUGGGCUGCACUGGGUGGGAAGAAGGAGUACCAGAGCUCUAAGACCCUGCAGAACCCAAUGAGGGCUCCACGAUUGUUUGGUUGUUCUAACAAGACUGGCAGGCUCAUAGCAGAGGAGGUGCCAAGUGGGUUCACACAGCUGGAUCUGGCUCCUGAUGAUGUCAUGAUUCUGGACUGCUGGGAUCAGAUCUUCAUCUGGGUCGGGAAGGAUGCCAAUGAGACAGAGAAAACUGAAUCGCUUAAAAUCGCCGAAGGAUAUCUGAGUUCUGACCCCUCCGGCCGUCAAGGUAUCCCCAUCACCACCAUUAAGCAGGGUGAGGAGCCUCUGUCCUUCAAAGGCUGGUUCCAUGCCUGGGACACAAAGUUGUGGGACCAAGAUAUGUUGCAAAGCAUUCAGAAGAGUCUCAAAAAGGAUUAGCAGAAAGACUAAAAUCUAUAAAGAUCAAAUCCUUCCUGAAGCGCAUGGAUUGGGUAUAGAGCAGAGAUACAUGGAGAAUAAAAAAUUUGACAAUGGAUUUUGCCAUACAAAUGAAAGUUAUUUAAAUAACACAACAAAGCCUAAAAUAAUAUUAAUAUUAUGAAACAGGACAGAGACAAACAACAAACGCUUCCUACUGCCAGCUCACAGAAUUGAAAACACAUCGAAUUAAAUUUGGUUGAACGUUUAAUUCGAUGGAUUUCGAUUGAUUAUUCUUUUCAUCAUUUUAUACAUGAAUCAAACUGUAAAGUGUUUAAUACCCAGUAAAAAGUAAUGAUGUACUACUUGGAAACUUUACACAUUUCAUAGAUGAGGCACUGGAACAAAUUGUGUAUCAUGUUUUGUGACAAAAAUGAAUAGACAUGUGCCUUUUUACAUCCUGGAUUGUCAAAAUAAAUUCUGAAUUCUAAUAAAAGCUUCACCUAUUUCACAAA